AUGUCCAACACGAUUUUGGUACUGCUGUUAUCAUUGUGUUGCACAAUCCAUGCUCUUCCCUCCCACGGUGGUGCCGAAGUCUAUGUCCAUACUGGCCAGUCAAUACAAAGCGCAAUCAAUGCAGCACAAGCUGGUACUCGCAUCAAGGUCGGAGCAGGAACAUAUGCUGAGCAGCUCACUAUCAGCAAGGAUGGCAUUGCCUUGAUUGGUGACGGCGCCACUCUUGUUCCUCCAGCAGUUCCUGCAGUCAAUACAUGCACCGGUAUUGCAGGAGGAACAACAAGUGCAGGAUCCGGCAUCGAGCUCGCACCAUUCGUUACUGAACACCAAAAAGUACUUUCUGUGGAAAAGCCCGUCACGGAUGUAUUUAUCACUGGCUUCAACGUGAAUGACUUUGAUGGGGCGAACAUUCUUGUCGUAGGUGGAGAGGACACCCGCGUGGCUGACAACAAUCUCUACAACGGUGGUCAAUAUGGCUUUCUCGCUGCUGGCUCAACGAACACUGUCGUCAGCAAGAAUAACGUUGUGUCGGAAGAGUCGCUCCGAUACAUCGCCAUCUGCACGGACAACUUUUCUGGCGCUCGAGUCGUCAAGAACCACAUAUCUGGCUACAGUGUAGGACUAUGUGUUCAGACCUCAGGCUCAGAAAUAGCCUUCAAUGAAGUCACGAAUGGCUGCGUCGGCUCCUUUGUCGAUCCGAACGUCAACGGUGCCCAGGUCGUCCACAAUAGUUUCGGCGCAUCGAAUCCUGCUUGCAUAGGUCAAUCUCCUAUCAUAGGAGGUGUUGUGAUCUUUGCCGCUGACAACACAAACGUCCAGUCAAAUGUCAUUCGUGAUCAGCGGGCUGGAGGUGUUGCUGCUGGUAUCGUCCUAGUCGAUGCUCUCGAGUUUGGUCCUGAUCUUGUGGCCAAUGACAACAAGAUUGUCGACAACGUCCUUGUCAAUAACGAUUACGACAUUUUUGUGAACACGACUGGAACGGGAAAUGUGAUUGCAGAUAACCAGUGUACACUACCAGCAGAGCUGUGCGCAUAG